AUGGAGAGCCCCAGUCUCCGAGAGCUCCAACGGCCUCUGCUGGCGGGCGUGGGCUGCGAGCCGGCUGUCCAGAAAACUGGGGAGCCUGAGCUGGGGCCUCCCUUUCGAGAGACAGCCUUUGCGGAGUCGCUGAGGGGUUGGCAGUGCCUACCACCUCUUCCCUCUGUGAGCGCCAGCCUGGGGGAGCCAGGGCCCCCCGACCUUGAGGAUGUGUCAUCCAGUGACAGUGACUCAGACUGGGAUGGGGGCAGCCUUCUCUCGCCGCUCCUACCCCACGACCACCUCGGCUUGGCCGUCUUCUCCAUGCUGUGCUGCUUCUGGCCCGUGGGCAUUGCCGCCUUCUGCCUAGCCCAGAAGACCAACAAGGCUUGGGCCGAGGGGGACGUCCAGGGGGCAGGGGCCGCCUCCCGCCGCGCCUUCCUGCUGGGGGUCCUGGCUGUGGGGCUGGGCGUGUGCACUUACGCGGCCGCCCUGGUGACCCUGGCCGCCUACCUCGCCUCCCGAGACCCGCCCUAGUGGGCCCCGCGGCCCCCACUGUGAACCCAGAGGCCGGCAGCCCAGCGCGCCCGCGGUCAGAGUGGAGAAUCCGGGGGGAUGAGGCGGCGGCGGCGGCAUCCGGAAUCGGGAGUGAGCUGGACCACCCCCUCGCCUUCCUGGCCGCCGCAACGUGAGAUUAAACGCCAGACACUCUUG